AUGCUCGUCCUCGCUCUUCUCGCGGCGCCCUCAAACGCCGCGUCUCGCCCCCCUCCGCGGCGCGGGGGUGCCCUCAUCGACACGCGCAACGCCGCCUUCCAUCCGACCUUCUCUUACCCGUUCAACCUCUCCAAGUUCAGCGGAGCCGACUCACGCGCCGCCGGCCCGACCACCUUCAAGCCCAUCGGCGCCGCGGCCAACGCCGAGCUCGCCUCCUUUGGCGAGUCCACCGGCGCGGCCAUCGUUGGCGACGGCUCGUUCGCCGACUCCACCGUCAACUCCGUCUGUGUCACGUGCGGCGGCGGCGGCGCCCCUGUGUGCUUCACGACCGCCACGGCCCUCUCAGAGAUCGAGGCGGCGUCCCUGCUCUUUCUCCACCCUUGUGCGGCCGUGCUGGCGCUGCUCCUCGCGGCGUGCCUUGAGCUGCUGCGUGGGCAGGUCAAGAAGAAGAGUGUGCAGGGCCGCAGCCACGCAGCGAUCUCUGUACCCUUGCUCGCCAGCACGCGUGCUCUCCGAGUUGGCAUUGUGAUCCUCGUCUGCCUGCAGGGCGUAUGCGGCACACCAGCGGCGCCGCUCCAGACCGUCAACGUCAGCAGCCCGUGUUCGCUCACCGACGGCGGCUCGUGCGCCGCGUCGCCAAACUACCCGAACAGCUACGGCAUCAACGAGGAGUGCACCAUCAGCGGCGUGCCGCCGGUCGAGCUGGAGACGAUCGCCUUUGAGGUGGAGGCGUACGGCUGCCGCUACGACUAUCUCACCGUCAACGGCACGAAGUACUGCGGCACGUCGGGGCCGAGUGGCGCGGUGGCGGAGGACGGCGUCAUUGAGUGGCGAUCGGAUGGCUACGGGGUCAGGAGCGGUCCCGCGCCAUAUCACGGCACAGGCCCGAGCAGCGACCACACCACCGGCUCGGGCUUUUACCUCUUGACCAGGGCGUACUACAACGGAUAUCGCUCCAACAAGCUGCACCAGCUCGAGAGCCCGCCCUUCUCGCUCCAGCAGGACGCCACCCUCUCCUUCUUCUACCACAUGCUCGGUAGAACCAUGGGCACGCUCUCCGUCGAGGCAAACGACAACGAGACGGGCUGGUCGACGCUCUGGAGCAAGACCGGCGACCAGGGCGACGCCUGGCUCGACGCGGCACUCGUCCUGCCCGCCUCGACGACGCAGGUGCGCUUCAACGGCCGGACGGGGCCGGACUACAUGUCGGACAUGGCGCUGGACGACGUCUCCUUCUCGCAGUUUACGCCUCCGUCGCCGCCGCCGUCGCCGCCCUUUCCGCCUUCCUCGCCGCCCUUUCUGCCGCCGCCGCCGCUCUCCCCCGGCUUCGAUGCCGCCGCGGCGACCGAGAACGAUCUCCGCUCCCUGAUCGAGGGGGCUGUUGCCAGCGUCUCAAUCUACCUGCCGCCCAGUGCGGACUUCAAGCUGGGCAGCGAGAUCAGCUGUACCUCCAGCAUCAAGGUGACUGUCGCGAGCAGCGGCGAGGGCGCGACGCUCGACGGCAAGGGACAGACCAGGCUCUUUCACCUCCGGGGCGGGUGCAGCCUCACCCUGCGGGGGCUGACCCUCGUCAACGGGAGGGCGGGCAGAGGCGGCGUUGUGCACGCUGCUUCAGGCGCAGGCGACGUCGAGAUCAUCGACUCCACCGUGAGGAACUGCCAUGUUGACGCUGUGCGCCGCGUAGAGCUAGCCGCACUCCAGCAGCGCCACACGGCAGCGCGCGGCGGCGUCGUCUACGCGAAUUGGAACAGCGGUGCGGUCUCGAUAAUCGGCUCGACCGUGACGGGCUGCUCGGCUAAUGACGGCGGCGUCGUCUACGCGCAGGCCAGCGGUGCGGUCUCGAUAAUCGGCUCGACCGUGACGAGCUGCUCGGCUGGCGAUGUGCGCCGCGUAGAGCUAGCAGCCUCCCUGCAGCCGGCACAGGAGGGCGAGAGGCUGGAGGAGGCGGGCUCGGACGCGUACUGCGCUUCGGACUUCAAAGGCCCCGAGUGCCAGCUCUGCGCUGCAGAGAACCAUUACCUCGUCGACGGCGACACCUGCAAAGUAUGCGCUCCGCGCGGCGCCGCUGUGGGUCGCAUCGUCGGCCUCGUCCUCGGCCUCUGCGUCGCGUGCGGCUUGGCGGCGUGGGCCUACAACAUGCCGUGGCGGGAGGAGCGCAUCAUCGGCCCUAUCCUCCGCUUCGCAGACCGCUCCGUCAAGUACUACGUCGGGGUCGGAAUGACGGCCAAGGUCAAGAUCCUGUUUGGCUUCUACCAGAUCAGCACCGUGUUGUCCUCCACCUACUCCGCGCGGCUGCCGGCCAAGUACACGGGCUGGACGGACAGCUUGGCCAACGUGAUCUCCAUCGACUGGUCUGGCUUUUUCAUGCCGGAGCAGUGCCUCGGCUACGCUCUGCGGCUCCUCGCCAUCGCCCUCUCCCCCGUCGCCCUCAUCGCCCUGCUAAUGAUCGCGGGAAUAAGCCUGCGGCUCUACCGCUGGCGUGCCGCUCCGCGCGCGAGGCCGUGGUACGCGGAGGCGGCCCUCGGCCUCCUCGACCUCACGCCGGCGGGCCUCGUGCUCAUCUUCUGCUUCGCCUACACCACCUCUCCGCCAAACGAGCCCCUGCGGCAGGUGUCCUACAUGCGGCAGGACGCGAGCGUCGAGUGCAGCUCCGACGAUCACGGACCCAUCACCGCCCUCGCCAUGGCUUUCAUCGUCCUCUGGCCCGCCGGCUCGCUGGUCCUCUUCACGUCGCUCCUCGCCGCUUGCUACAAGCCGCUGCAGGCAAAGACGCCGAAUGCUCUGACGCGGGCCACCGCCUUUCUCCACCGGGAGUACGAGAAGAUCUGGUACUGGUGGGAGGCGGUCGAGCUGGCUCGCAAGCUCGUGCUGACUGGCUUCGUGCUGCUGAUAUCGGAGGAGCGAGCCUUUGUUCGCCUCGUGGUGGCGACCCUUGUCUGCUCAUGCUACGCCGUCGCGCUCGCCGUCGUGCGGCCGUACAAGCGGGUCGAGGACAACGUGCUCGCCGUCGCCACGAGCCUCGUGCUCCUCCUCCUUUUCCUCGGCACCAACUGGAGCACCAUCUUCCUCGGCAUCCAGGAGCGGUACCAGGGAGCCGACCCCACCGAUGUCCUCGGCUUCCGCAACCUCAAUGUGAUCGUCGACUCGAUGAUCAUCCUCGUUGCAGUCGUGCUCGCCUUCUUCCUCGUCGGCGCCAUCGUCGCCGCCCGUCGCGUCGCCAAGGUCCCCACGAUCCGCCUCGUAUCGACCAAGCAGCCCCCCGAGCUGAGCAUCGUGAUGGGCCUCACGUGGCACCUCUUCAACAGCCAUAUCUGGUCUACCGGUCAAGACGCCGUCAAGGUCAUCAAGGGUGAGCUCGAGCAGCUGCUGCCGGACAUCAAAGUCUUUCUUGACAACUGCCUCCGAGAGGUUCGCUCGUCGCUCGAGAAGGACAAGCCGCUCGUCCUCGUCCAAGAAGCGGACCCUGCAAAGGGCGGCGGGACGCUCCAGGCGCUGCGCGACGAGUGCCCCGAGGACCUGCAGCCGGCCAUCUUUGAAAAGGACUGGCCGCUCACGAUCUGGUAUCGCAUCGAGGAGUUUCAGCUCGUCUCCCUCAAGAUCAUCGCCGAGGCGCCGCCGGCCUCAGCCAGCCAGCCGCUCUGCAGUCCUCUCCGUCUCCCAACCAACCCCACUUGA